CGUUUGAUUGACAGUCAUGGGAGGAUGCGUGGGGCGAGAGCGCGAGGAGUCACGCAGACGAGCCUCGAGGACGCAGAGGAAACGUGGAGGUCGUAAUGAGCCGCUGAAGAAAGACAAGCUGAAAUGGAAGAGCGAUUACCCCAUGACGGAGGGCCAGCUCCGCAGUAAGAGAGAUGAGUUUUGGGACACGGCUCCAGCGUUCGAGGGGCGCAAGGAGAUCUGGGAUGCCCUGAAAGCCGCCGCUGUGGCUCUGGAGUGUAACGAUCAUGAACUGGCUCAGGCUAUCGUGGACGGAGCCAACAUCACAUUACCACACGGAUCCCUGACCGAGUGUUACGACGAACUCGGCAACCGCUACCAGCUACCGGUUUAUUGCCUGGCCCCGCCUGUCAACCUGAUUACAGAAAGAAGUGAGGAAGACCUGUCGGACAACCCUGAGCCCCUGACGACGCAGAAGAAAGAGUUCCAGCUGAAGGUACGGCUCUCCACCGGCAAAGACCUGCGUCUGAACGCCAGCAUGACCGACACCAUCGGCUUGCUGAAAAAGCAGCUACAAGCUCAGGAGAGCAUUGAGCUGGCCCAUCAACGCUGGUUCUUCUCUGGAAAGCUCCUCACAGACAAGACCCGCCUGCAGGACACCAAGAUCCAGAAGGAUUUUGUUAUCCAGGUCAUCGUGAACCAGCCGACACCAAACAACUAAGACGGAGCGGACAGACUACAGAGGGAUAAAGGACCAAACCACAGCAGCUGAAAGAGCGUCGAACAAUAAAACGUUUUGCACAAAAAUGAAUCGAGACAGACAAGCGUCUUGAUCCUGCUGUUUUAAAAUGCUCCAUGAUUCACAGCGGGAAUGCAUCAAGCCCUCUCUGUAAUCGAAUGUCUGGAAAAACAAAUAAACCAAAUGCAACGGAUCGCAUCUGUACCGACUUGAGCAGAAGUGCCAACGUGAAUUUGGUAGCGAAGCACACUGAUUUGUGUCUCUUGACUAUGCAUAUCCUGCAAAAUACCUAUAUGAUCCUCUGAAAAUGAUCUCCCCUUUUAAGAUAAUUGAACUUGAGCUUCAUUUUGCACACUUGAGUAUCUUAGAAUAGUCGUGCCUUGAAAGAAGAGUAGAUGGUUCCUAAAUGCUGUUUUUAUUUCGCUUACGAGGCAUGUUCGGUCACUUUCACAUGCUUUGUAUCUUAUGACUGAUGUCUUUGAGCACAACACGGUGCUUUUUCUAUGCAAUCUCGAAACCGGAAAAAGACGCUGUGCUAAAAGGCUCGAGUGCACAAAGACGCAUUAAACGGACAGUGACGCGACAUCUUCAUCUGCUGACUCCGUGCCCUGUAGAUUACAAUCAUCUUGUAGAUGAAACCAUACUGCUGCCUCUUAAGGGAAGAUUGGACACACUAUCAGUUUAAUGGCUGUUCGACUUCCUCUUCCUCUUUUAUAGUGCUUUUAUGCUGUAAGCGCUCAGGCUGCAAUCAGUCAAUAUUGCUACUAUUUUGAGAGAUUAUAUUCUGUACUAUUCCAAUCUUUACCUUGCUUUUCUAAUAACUUGGAGUAAGACUUUUUACUGAUUCUUAAACAUUUAUCAGUGGCAUUACAAGGAUGUUAUAUUUUGAUUAUAAUUUACCACGAGCAUCACUUUAAGAAUGCAUUCUGUAACGGAGGUUAUCUGUAUUAGGCCUGUAACAUGUUCACAAACGUUCGGUCGUCAAUGUCCGUUCAGUUUAAUGCGGAUGCAAAAACGUUUCUUUUACUAAAGGUUUUCUGCUCCUGAUUAUAUCACCGUGUGACUCUCAGCGCACACCACACCGGUUAGAAACAGCUCGUUACCUCACUGGCAACUGUUCCUCAUUAGUCUUAAGUCUCCCGAGCGCUGGCGUGUUCAUUAUAUGUUUCUCUAGUAUCACGCCAUUCCUUCUACUCUGGGUUACUUUUCUUCUGUUGUUUUUGAGCAUUUUUUUCUUAUAAACAAAUACACAUUGGUGUAGAUAAACCUUUUUGGAUGAGAGAAAUCACAUUAAUUUAUCAUUGCAAACUCCAAAAGUUUCAGUCACUGUGCAAAUUGCAUCAUUUUGCAUUCAAGUAAUAUUCCAGGUUAAAUACAAGUUAAACUGUACCGAAACCUCUGUAUUUCACCGUAAUCUACCAAUUUCCAUAAUUAAUGAACUCCAUAAUUUAAUAUUUAUGCACUUGCAAUGUAAGUCCAUGUGGUACUUUCUUUGGUAAUAGACAGUAUGCAGUAGCUUAAAGGGAUAAUUCAGCACAAAAUUAAAAUUCUGUCAUUAUUUAC